CCAUCACACUUAAAUAGUGAAAACAAGAUGAAGUCAUCUAAAGCUUUCAAAUACAAGCCCUAUUAUGGGAGAUUUGAGAAGCCCGAAAGUAAAAGAGAUCGUUACAAAUCUACCGAAUAUAAUCAUACAUUUGAAACUCAAGAUAAUUCCACAUUUUCAUCAAUGGAUUCAGCCAAUAAUGAAAAAUGGUUGCAGCAUCUCUUCGAUGCAAUGGCUGAAGACGAAGGUAAUUAUUAUUCAAAUUAUUAUGAAGGUGAAACUUAUGAUUCAAAAAGUAUAGUAGACAAAAUACAAGCUGAACAACAACGGUCAAUACGUUAUGAACAAGCAAAGCAAUUACGCCUACAGGAAAUCAGGCGAGCCUCGUAUUUUGCUAGUUGGAAUCAAUUUGAUAUUAAUGGUCAAUCAUCGAUUGAGUUCAAGGACAUUCCAUGGCCUACUGCCAACAUAAAAAAACUGUCAAAAGGCGACGUAGAGGAUUUUUUAUUAUCAGGUGUUGAGAAUAAUUCCGAAAUAAGAUCAAUCUUACGUCAGGAACAAAUACGUUUUCAUCCUGAUCGUUGGCAUCGAUGGAUUAGACGAAUACCAACUGAAAUACAAAAAAAGAAAAUAAUGGAAACUGUCACUGAAGUCUCUCGUACAAUUAAUGUUCUAUGUGAAGAACGAAUGUAA